GUUCCACGUCCAAUGGAUCCCGACGCUUGUUCAGUCGCGUCCAGGGGCCGUCUCAGCGAUGCAGGUCGCUGCCUCACUCGCCGGUCGCGCGUGCGUCGAAAGAACUCUCGUCGUGACGACGAGUCGUCUUCGGAACCUCUUUCGACCUCUGGGGACAUCUCCAGCGGCCAACUGUUUGUAAAAAUACCACCUCCCAACGCGCGAGCGGGUUCCUCUCCCAAGAGCCUGGGUGCUUUGGAGACAAGUGCACCACCGCGACCUCCACGCUCUCCCCGCCGUCUGCACACAGCUCCUGUUUUUGGUAGCGAGGAGAUUGUCGCAGAUCAGCAGCGCGUACGGAGACACCGCACUCGUAGCACGGAUCCAGCAACAAGAUGUUCAGCAAUAGGUGAUGCUCGUGGCAGAGAAACGCGUUCAGAGAACGGUCACGAAAGAACAACGCAGCGAUCUCGGGGUUUGAGCCUACCCAGAUACGCAUUUCGAAAUAACUCGCUAUCUGACUCUUCCGAACAACCUAGCCCUCUAACUCCUAGCGUGUUCAACGACGUUCCCCCAAUGCCCGUGUUUGCUCGGAAUCGCCGUUAUAAGCACCAGACUCGUGACUCAGGCGCUACUCAGCAAUCGACUGCAUCAAGUUCUCUGUAUCCAAAGUCUACUUCAACUGAAGGCUCUUACCUGUCUCCACCUUUUUUGGCUGCACAAGAUAUAGAUGAUCCGCACAUUGUUACCGUCGAUCCCGUAGAAAAUCCGCACUUGCAUGAGCUUGAGGAGAUGGAUGCUGAUGACGUUUCUUAUCGCCUUCGGUUGCUUAUGCGAAACAACUAUUAUCUUCCUCCUGCUCAUUCAAAACCGUUCAGCGAUAUACCUUCUCCUGAUACACCGAAGAAAUCACCUGUCAAGGCCCCUUCACCGACAUUCCUUGAUUUCUUUAAGGUUGUCAGGAAGAAAAGUGCUCUUUUAUCGGAGAAUAAAGCUGCUACUUCACCUCCCGCGCCAUUGUUAAGGACGACCUCGGACUCGUCAACUCUAUCAGGCUUCUUGCGCCCACAGCAGCUAGCACCUUCUCCACGUCGCGAGCACGCAGCAUUUUUGCUCCCACAAUCCAGACAAGAACCUAAAGGCCGUGUAGUUGUAGUUAGGGAACGCGUGGACGACCUAGCAAGCGUUGCCAAGCAGGUAGAAGAGGAACUGAAGGCACGGGAGAGGCGUCGUACUGCCAGCGAUACUUCCCAUUCGGAGACUAUUCAAGGCGACUUCGUAGAUCCUACGGAUUUUGUAGACCUUCCCCCCGUACCUCCAAAUGGAUUCUUUGGCCCUCAGGCAGCAUUGCUUCGUGGCAUGGGAAUUGAUUCUUCUCUGGGAGCAGCACUCUUAGCCGACCAGCUUCCUCCCUCGAGCCCUGGGAUAUGGUCAAUUGAAUCGGAAGAUGCGGCGUGGAGGAAAGCACUGUUGCAUGCGGCUGUUGGACAUUCAUUAAGCAACUCUUCGGCUAACACGCCUGGCCGUUCGGUCUCCGGGUCCAGUCGAGUACAGAUGUUUGAUGGUAGUUCUCCCGCCGCUAGGUCUACUUCACCUUCCGUCUUUGACCCAUCUAUCGUAUCGCCUCUGUCCAGUCACCCGCCGUUGCCUGCGACGGCGACAAAUGACAACGGACCAUGUGACACCGUUGACAACCCAGAGCUCGUCAGAAAACCCAUAAUUGGACAGCGAAUACUAAACCGAAUCAUUGAUGAAGAUGACACGCAUUCAGUUGAUGGGCCUCUUCCAAGUUCUGAAAAGCCUAGUAGUGUAGAAGUGGACCGCAAUGCAAAGCCCGCAAACCAAAUUGAAGCACCGCAGGGUUUGUUCGUGACCGCCGAACCUAUUCGUGCAUCAUCCCCUACGGUUCCGACGAUGCCACUUUUGCCACCUCCGAGGCGAACCAAUUCAACUCCGACUCACUCAAAUGGAUCUCAGUCCGAUAAUGCUCAAGGCAAAGAAGAUCAGCAAGUAAAUGGUCAGUCAGGGGCUGGUCCUAACCUCCUUCAGCCGGAACGCAAUACUUUGAGGCUUUCGGAUUCGUACGAGACGCAUGUUGGUCUCAGUGGUGCGUUCGGUGACCUCACACCUCCUGCUUCCCAGCAUAAUUCGGCAACUCUAUCCGUUGUAAAACCCGGUCCGGAAGAAUCUGCUGUGAUUUCAGAGAACUUAAGCACGACUAGUGGCUCGCAUUAUUCGGAUGAUGAGGAUGGCUUUGCUACUUUCCACACUCCUCUAGAGCAUACACGGCUGUCGACACCCGCUGCUUCUCGCGCAUCACUGGGCUCCAUGUCAACACCCCGACCGUCUUACACUUCGUCGCUGACGUCUCCAACGACUUCUGCAUUCCGAGAUGCAAUUGACCGAAGUCCAUAUGCUGGCAGCUUUGCGACCGACUCUGUUGUCAACACGCUUGGAGAUAAUGCGCAUAUCCCUGCCCAUGCCUUUGACGAUGAAGACUCACGGUAUGCACCCGUUUCACCGCCGCCACGCGUAUCGUCUUCUUUAGCGUUCAGUGCUCUUAGCCCGCCUCCCAGGUCACGACGUGCCAAUAUCUCUUCUGGACCUUCUAUUGACGUUUCCGCGGUCAGGGAUCACUUGAAUGAACAGGAUGAUCCAGAGACACCCACUAGCUUGCAUGUACCGAGAUUGACCGUCCAGGAUCCACAUGUUUUGAAUAGCCGUUCGAACUCCUAUCCGGCAUCACCGAUUUCCUUUUUCGACGCGGUUGAAAUGCAAAGUCGUCAAGAGGAGGAAGAAGAAUCUUCCGACGAAGAUGGUGAAGACGAGGGAGAUGCGAGAGUGGACGUGCGUGAUGAUGUAUCCAUUGCGAGCUCGAGUCCAGGCGGGUACCAGAGUGACUCUGCAGGACCAUCCGUCAUCGAUCAUCGGGCAGGUUCGGUGCAUAGCGAUACACACACCCCUCGGCGUACACUUGGCAAGCUCAUGCAACAACGCAAUGCGUCUUCUCCACAGCUCGGGGUGCAUUCUUCUGCAAGUGAGCAUAGCUCAGGCCUUGGUUACGGUGGGAUAGACCGGCGGGCAGUCACGAACGUCCCGCAAUCGCAGUCACGCAUGUCUUUCUGGCGCCGAAAGCAUGGCAAGCGGCAUGAACUGUUUACGAAUCCACCACGGGUUUCUGAAUCAACGGCCGACUGGUUGAAGCAUGAAGCGGCCAAAGAGGCAUUUACAGGAAUAAGGCGACCGCAAACGGCAGGUUCAAGAACAGGCACCGCGAAUGCACGAAGUGGCCUGGAAGGACAAACACAUCUGGAUCCGUCUGUCCGCCGUUUGGAUGGUAUGCUCGUUCAGCAUAUGAAGCGCGAGAAGGAGGUAUUGAAGCGUAUUACUGCUACAAUAUCCAAGUCCUCUUCAUCAAACUGACCCACAUUUAUUUAAUAAUGCUUUACUUACUCAAUACUGACAUUCAUCUUACUCGCUAAAAUUUUCUGUUUUGCUGUAUACCCAGGGCUUCUGGAGGCGCAUCUUGAUUCUACACUGCUCUUACAUAUAGGACUUACUUUGGUUCAUCUCUGCCUCUCUGCCUGCUACAUUUAUUUCCAUAUUCA